UGAAUGAGAAAAAAAGUUGAAAAAAUAAAAAAAAGUAUUUGAUUUUAUUUAGAUAGAACCUUGGAGUGAUUAUGAAGAUGCUUAGGUAAUGUAAUUAGUGGAACAAUAUGGACCACACAAAUGGACAUUUAUAGCAUCUAAAUUGUAAGGCAGAAUUGGAAAACAAUGCAGGGAACGGUAUGUAAUUUGGAGUAAUUUAGUUGGCACAAUCAUUUGAAUCCGCUGAUAAAAAAGUCACCUUGGGAAUAUGAGGAGGAGUGGAUUUUAUUUUUGUAUCACGAAGCAAUUAGUAAUGAAUGGGCAGAAAUUGCUAAACAUUUAGAAGGAAGAACUGAUAAUGCAAUAAAGAAUCAUUGGAACUCUGGCAUGAAGAAGAGAAUGAAUGAGUUUAGAGAGAAGUUAUUGAAAAUAAGAUAACAAUUUUAAUAAAAAGGGUUUUAAAUUUGAAUUAAAGAAGGUAGGCAUACUAUUUUAGAUUAAUUUGUGAACCCUUUUGAAAGGAAAGCAAUUGAAAUAAUAUUUUUAAAUAAAAAGUAUGUGAGCUUAGUCACAGACACCGAGGAAGAGGAAGAUGAGAUAGAUGAGCCAGCAAUAAUAAAAAAUUAAAACACCACUCUGAGAACUAGAAGCAAUUUGAAUAAUAAUGUAUUAUAACUAUAUAUGAAGUUUGAAAUCAGAAGCAAAUACAUCAGUAAGCAUCCUAGAAGAAAUAGAAUGCAUAGAAAAUAUUUGAUAUAUAAGAAAAAUUAAAUGAAGGAAAUUGAGAAAGAAAAGGAGAACAAAAAUAUAAGCAAUGUGCAACCGGUCCAAAUAGAAUCAAGACAAAUGUUUUCGAUGCAAUAAUUGGACCAAACCCCUUUAAAAGUGUAUAAGUAAAUAUCGGAUUGAUUUAUUAAGUGAUGACUACUAUCAAACACCAGCAGCAUUCAAUCGAGUACAAAGAUUGGCAAUUAGCAGUUCCAAAUUUAGUUAAUUUAAAAGUGCAGUCUAAGUAAGAGGAAAUCUAUCAAUUAGAAUGAAACAUUCCAGAAUUAGUUAUAAGAAGAAUUAAAGCAAAAUUUAUUUUUAUGAUUAUUGUUAAAUUAUCAAAGCAAUUGGAAUUCAUCAAAACCUAAUUGCUUUGACCAAUAAAAAUUUAUGUUCAUCAUUCUAAAUUUAUAUUGUGAAAUAAAUAAUAUUUAAUAAAUUCAUGAAACUUGGAACUUGCACAGAGUGGCUCUUCUUCCAUCUUUGGAAAAAGAAUCCCAAUUCUGGACACAGUUGCAACGGAGUCUUUCUUGCAGAUACUGUGAUAUAUAGAUGGGCACAACCAUACUUUAGUAAUAUACAAUCAAUACAAUAGGAUAUUUUACAGCCUAGAAUGGCCAAAUCAUUAGGAAAACUAAAGAAAGGGUUUUUAUUGAAUAAGUUGAGUAGGCAUUUUCUUAAGAUAAUACUGUUGCAGUUUUACUCACGAGUUAAGUAUUUCGAUUAUCAAAAUUUAGGCUCAAUCAAAAUAAUAAGAGAUCAUUAAUUUCGAAUACUUUGACUAAGAGAACUUUGGUAAAUUCUUAUAUUAAAGAGAGAAGGAGCUCAAUUCAAUUCUUUAAAAGUAAAGAAUUUGAAUGAAUAUUUUAGGUUCAUCUAUCCAAAAAAUGAUCAUAAUUCAAUGAUUAAAGUAACUUGGUCCCCUCAAUUCUGUCUCAUUAAUAGAAAAACAAAUAUCAAUAAUAUGAAUGAAAUGAAAAAACCCUUAUACGAAAGAGUUAGUACAUUUGAUGGUCCUGAAUACUUAUCAGAAUCGGAUUCUAUUAGUUCCCCAUUGUUGAGCUCUGAUUUAGAAUAGCUGUGCGUAAAUAUUGUUAAGCAUGUCUAAGAAGUCUCGGGUGGAAACAUAUAAAUUAUCAGAAUGGUUUUAUAUUUCAAAGUAGAUUAAGAGAAUAGAAUUUGGUUGAUGUUUUGUACUGGCAUCAAAGUUAAAGAUAAGUUCUCUACUCAUCCAGAAAAACAUAGAACAGACUCUCCUCUAUUUAAAAUUAUAAGAAGAGAUCUUGAGCCUGUCAUUACAGGAUCAGAAAACGUCUAAAAAGUUGUUAAAUACAAUAGCGAAGGAUAAAUCCAAGAAUUAUUGUAUUAAAUAGAAAAUAUUUGUUCGAAUUGCGAUUUAUUUUCGUAAUAGCUUUAUUAAUUGUAAUUUGAGUAAAUCAUUGAAAGUUUUGAUAGAGUAUCUUUAAAUUAAUUAUGAUAUUAGUCACUUGUAAGCAAUGAUUUCACCAGACUACCAGAAGAUUUGUAAAAAAUAAAGUUGAAAAAUGACAAGAAAAGUGAAUUGCUCAAAUUAAACUAAAAUAUAAAAACUAGAUCAAAAUAAUUUAUUCAUAAAGGUAAUUAUAUUAUAAUUUAAUAACAGAUUAUUAAUUGUCAAACUAUUUUGGAUAAUAAUCAAAUUAAUAAAUUUCUGGUACACAAAGUCAACAAGAAAUAUUGGUUGAAAAAUAUAAACUUGUAAAUAAUUAAAAAACUUAUGAUUAAGUUCAUGCUGAAAUUUAAGAAUUAUGUCGAUAUUUGGAUGAAGAAUAAGAAGAUUGUUAAUUGAAUUUCAAUACUGUCCCUGCGUUAAUUUUGAAAGUAUGGGGAAAGUUAUCUGAAGACAAAUACAAAUUAUUAAAAUUCAACCCUAGUUGGAGACAGCUAAAAACUUAAGUUUGUUUGAAUUGUUAUCUCAAAUAUACUGAAUGUUGUAAUCUUACUCAAUAUGAAAGAAAAGUGUAUAAAUAUUCAAUCUAAUUAAAUUAGUAAGACAGCAGCUCAAAAUUUAAAAAAAAAGGUAGAAGAUUAAUAAGCCAAUAAUAUUCUUUUGCAAAAUACCUUGCUAGAAAUUAAUAAGAGUAGUUUUACUUAGAAUUUUCAUUAAUCAUUGCUUCCUGUAAUGGAGUAAAAAACUAUUGCCUCAGGUGGUAAACCUAGUGUUUUGAAAACAGCUAAUACCUAAUAACGUUCAACAGCAAUAAAUACACCCCCAUAGCCUAAAUAAAAUAGAUUAGAAGCCAUGCCAUAAUUCUUUAACAAAUUUAUGAAUUAAGAAGUUAAGGUUAAAAAGACUCCAAGUAUUCAAAAAGUAUACUAUAAUUUAAUUUAAGAUUUACCGAAAUCGAUAAGGGUUGCAAAUGUCCUUGAAUCAUUCUAGUCAAUCAAAAUCAUCUCGUUCAACCAAAGAUUAAUCAAAAAUCUCGUUUGAUUAUAUGAUUACUACAGUCUCAUAAAUGAAAAGGAAAUUGUAAGAAUUGGAAGAUGAAGAACAAUCUUAAAAACACUAAACAACUUACAAAGCUUAAAUUUUCUAAGAUUAAUCAGAAUAAACAUCUUUAUUGUAAAACAGUAAAUUAUUUCAAACAAGAUCCCAACCACAUCAAUUAUGA